CAUGCAGGGAGACAAAGGCCCCAAGAAGACAGGAAGGAUGCUGCAGAGGCUGAGAGCCAGGAGGAGCUCAGUGCGUACCAGGAGAUGACGCCAAAGGAAGCUGCCGAUGUGUUGAAGCUGAUGGAGGAGUACGAGCCCCUUGUGAACAACUCUGUGGCCUUUGCAGAGCAGCUCAGCAAGGAUCUCCAUGUGCUGGAUGAGGCCAACAUUAGAGCCAUUAUCUCUUCUGAGAAGCAGGUGACACAGCUGAUGAGCUCCAUUGAUGAGGUCCUGGCAGAGGUGGCCAGAGUGGAGGAGACCUUGCAGAUCUACGAUGAGUUACUGGGAAGCGUGAAGCAGCAGAUGGACCACAUCCACCAGGGAAACUCCUUGCUACAUCGCAUCAGUUCCAACAAGACAAGGCUGAUGGAUGAGAUCCUCUUCCUCACGACCCACCUCAAUCUCAGCAGGGAACACUGCGAUGCCCUGAGCCGGGCAGAUCUUUCCAGCCCCAGCAGAGUGAAAGCCUGCAUUGCUGCAGCAGAGGCUUUAUCUGGCUGCAUGAACAUCCAGAUACAGCCCGGUUACCGGAAACUGCAGUCUGUGGCUGAGCAGCUGAUCAUGUUUGAAACACUCAAGCAGAACUUCGAAAACUCUUUCAUCGGUCACAUUACGAGCAUCUUUGAGCUGCAGGGUAAUGCUCAGGUCCCUGCUCUUGGGCAGCCCGUUAACAAGCUGUCUGCACCAAGCCAUGGACUCCACCAUGAAGAACUGGUGCCCUACGCCCCACUCGUGGCCUGGCUGAGGAACGCCAACCCAGUUCUGUUCUGUGAUCUCCCCAAGGUCUAUGCCCAGAACCUCAGAAGACUCUAUGACCGGGAAAUCAAAGCCUUUUUUGAACAAGCCAAAACCUUCUUGUUAGGAAGAAGAAAAGGAAGUCUUCAGGAAAGCUUAGAGAAGCCGCUGGCGAUGGGGAGCAGGCAGCAGUCUCGAUGGAGUCUCCCUGGGAGCAGAGAAGGCCAGGAGGACACACCGGACAAAGGCAACGUCAUCAAGAUGUUGGAGCAGGUGCUGAGAGAGCUGCAACCCCUUUGCACCGCAGAGCAGCAGUUCAUUAAGAAAUUCUUCCAGCUAAGCCAGGACGCUGCAGACCUGCAGGUGCUGGAGGGAGGAGAGAGCACAGCAUCUCCAGAGGACCCUCCUUGCACCAAGCCUCAGAGCCAACUAGAAGGACCUACGACCCAGCUGCUGAGCGAGAUCUUCAGUUGCCUGGAACCGGAGCUGAGAGGAUUUCUAGAUGUCUGCAAUAAGGUCCACCCAUUCAGUUGCUUGCAGGUCCUGGUUACCUUGAAUGACUCCGUCUUUGAGAUGUGGGGAUCUUCCUCAGCUCUCUCCUCCUCCUUCCUCAACACUGUCCUGGGCAACAUGCUGCUCCUGGCCAAGAGCAGCUUCAACAAAUGCAUUGGGACCUUGUGCAAAGAGAUUGAGGAGGCAAAGAUGCCCAGCAAGAUGAAAGGCGGGAUCCUGCCCUCCGUGAGCUGCUUUGAGGAGUUUGUGAACUUCUCGGAGGAGGUGUUCAGGACAGCUCGGCGGAGAGGAGAGCUGGACAAAGCACAUCUCAGGCUGGCCAGCAGCGUCUUCAGCAGCAUCAAUAGUCUGCCCUCAGCAAACCUGAAGGUGAACACAGAUAUGGUCAUGAUGGAAAAUUUCCACCACAUUCACUGCUUCCUGUGCCAAAAGAAGAUCCACUGCCUGGAGGGCAAGAAGAGAGAAGCCAAGCAAAGAUAUAGCGAGCACAUGGAGAAAUAUGUCAUCAAGUACCUGGGCCAGCCCCUGGAGAAGCUCCAUCACUUCUUUGAAGGGGUGAAAGCCCGUGUGGCUCAAGGGGUGAAAGAAGAAGAGGUCAGCUUUCAGCUGGCCUACAGCAAGCAAGAGCUGAGGAAGGUCAUUGAAAAAUACCCUGGCAAGGAAGUAAAAAGAGCCCUUGAGACCCUCUACAGGAAAAUCCACAAGUAUCUCUCCCCAGAGGAAAAUCUUUUGCCGGUGGUGUGGCAUGCUAUGGAGCAGGAGUUCAUACAUCAGUACCAAGAGUUUGAGGAUCUGAUCCAUCGCUGUUAUGCAGGGUCAGGGAUUGCCAUGGACUUCACCAUGGAGGACUUGCUGAGCUACUUCAACUCCAUCACUCUGUCCAACAUGUAG